GUCAUUAAAGUGCGACUGGACUGGAGUCUCCUGUACCUGUAGCAUGAAGCGGUUCUGCGGGGGUUCACGGCUCUGAAACGGGACCAUGAGCGACCCGGACCCGGUGAGGAUGUGAGCCGUGUGUCCGUGGAGCUGUGGAGGAGGAAGGCCGAGCCGGACGGUCUGAGCUCUGAGUCCGGAGCCCGGAGCACCGAGCCCGGUCCGGGAUGGAGACGUGGACCCCGAACCCCCGAGCCAAGCCCUUCAUCCCGCGGCAGCAGAGGAGCCUGUACCUCACCUGGAAGUACAAGCUGACCAACAAGAGGACGAUCCGCCGCUUCUGCCAGGCCGCCGCCGUCUUGUUCCUGCUCGUCACCGUCAUUGUCAACAUCAAACUGAUCCUGGACACGAGACGAGUCGCCAACGAAGACGCAGCAGCUCAGGAAUACGAGGAUGCCGUUCCCAACAUGGAGACCCCGCGGCGUCAGGCCAACGGGCGGAAGGUCCUGGACAUCGAGGUCUACUCCAGUCGCUCCAAAGUCUACGUGGCGGUCGACGGUACCACGGUUUUAGAGGACGACAUGAGGGAACAGGGUCGAGGAAUCCACGUCAUCGUUCUCAACCAGGCCACGGGUCACGUCAUGGCCAAGAGGAUCUUCGACACCUACUCUCCUCACGAGGACGAAGCCAUGAUCCUCUUCCUCAACAUGGUGACCCGGGGUCGAGUCCUGAUCUUCACCAUAAAGGACGAGGGGACGUUCCACCUGAAGGACGCCGCCAAGAACCUGCUUAAGAGUCUGGGCAGCCAGGUGUCUCUGAGCCUCAGCUGGAGGGACAUGUGGACCCUGGUGGUCAAGAAAGGAGGUCAGGUAUACGGAGAGAAACACUCCAAAUCUCCGGCUCUAUCCACAUGGGGAGACCCGGUUCUCCUGAAGACUGAAGUCCAGCUCACAGCCUCCGAAGAGGCUGAGUGUCACUGGGCUGACACUGAACUCAACAGGAGGAGGAAGCUUUUCUGUAGUAAAGUGGAGGGAUACGGCAGCAUCUGCAGCUGUAAAGACCCGGCUCCCAUCGAGUUCAACCCAGACCCGCUGCUGAACAAUAACGUGUUUAACGUCCCGGUGGCCGUCAUCGCCGGAAACAGACCCAACUAUCUGUACCGGAUGCUGAGGUCGCUGCUGUCGGCUCAUGGCGUCAACCCUCAGAUGAUCACGGUCUUCAUAGACGGGUACUACGAGGAGCCCAUGGACGUGGUGGAGCUGUUUGGACUGAAGGGAGUUCAACACACGCCGAUCAGCAUCAAGAACGCCAGAGUGUCCCAGCACUACAAGGCCAGUCUGACCGCCAGCUUUAACCUGCAUCCGGAGGCGAACUACGCCAUCGUCCUGGAGGAGGACCUGGACGUCUCCAUUGACUUCUUCAGUUUUCUGAGUCAGACCAUCCACCUGUUGGACGAGGACGACAGUCUGUACUGUAUCUCAGCCUGGAACGACCAGGGUUACGAGCACACGGCUGAGGACCCGUCCCUCCUCUACCGGGUGGAGAGUAUGCCGGGCCUGGGGUGGGUUCUGAAGAAGAGCCUGUACAAGGACGAAUUGGAGCCAAAAUGGCCGACGCCGGAGAAGCUGUGGGACUGGGACAUGUGGAUGCGAAUGCCGGAGCAGAGGAAAGGCCGCGAAUGCAUCAUCCCGGACGUCUCCCGCUCGUACCACUUUGGGAUCAUUGGCCUCAACAUGAAUGGAUAUUUCCACGAGGUUUACUUCAAGAAACACAAGUUCAACACGGUUCCCAACGUUCAGCUGAAGAACGUGGACAGCCUGAAGAAGGACGCGUACGAGGUGGAGAUCCAACGGCUGUUGAAGGAGGCGGAGCUUCUGGACCACAGUAAGAACCCGUGUGACGACUCGUUCCUGCCCGACUCGGAGGGAAAAACCUACGUCAUGUUCAUCAAGAUGGAGGCGGAGACAGAUACGGCGACCUGGACCGAGCUCGCAAAGUGCCUCCAUGUCUGGGAUCUGGACGUCCGGGGGAACCACCGAGGCCUGUGGAGACUCUUUCGGAAGAGGAACCACGUCCUGGUCGUAGCCGUUCCCAUCUCGCCGUACUCAGUGAAGAAACCAGUUGCUGUGACGCCCAUUCACUUAGAGCCUCCGCCGAAGGAAGAGGGCGGGGCCGUCGAACAGAUAUGACGGAUCCAACACGUCCGAAAGGCAUCAUGUGACACACCUGGGGGUCGGGCUAAAGCCUUACUGAACGGACAGACACAAGCCGGGCCUUAAUGCUCACCGGGACCUGAAACUCCACCCACAUUUGGGACCUACUGUAGUGAGGAAUUCUGGGAAAUGGAGUCCCCCCCCCGGGCUUCCUCUUGGGUGCUGUUUUGGUCACAUGACUCACAUGGAGUCCAGUCGGUUGUGUUCAACUCCAUCCUGUACAUAUGUUUUGGAUUGAAAUCUAUUUAUUUGACGCCGUUGAACAAGAGCGGACGCUUGGUUUGCUUUUUUUUUUAAUCCACUUUUACGGAGAUCGGUGCAUUUUUAAGAACCUAACGUUUACACACAACCUGAUGAUACUGAUACUGUAUAUACAUGCCUAUAUAUAUUUUUUGAUGAAAAAUUUAAAGGGUUGAGUAUUUUUCAGCGUUUUGUUUUGAGUGGAAGUCGAUGAGAGCCCUGUGGUUCUUUUCACAUCUGGUUUUAAUUGUAUGGUUUUAUG